AUGUCCCGAGUAGUUGCAGCCAGGUUACAGUCCGCUAGGAAGGCCAUGAAUCGUCUUUUCGAAACCAAUACCAAAUUGCAGAACUAUAGUCAUCGGUACUCGACUGUUGUCAGGGGAGCCAAGUACUCUCAAGAUUAUGCGCAGUAUCUGGUACUUCCCAAUGGAGAGACCGGGUCAUACUUCCAUGACAUCCCACUAGGUUUGGAUCUUGAACACCGAGAGGUGAAUAUGGUGGUGGAGGUACCAAGAUGGUCCAACGGCAAGUUUGAGAUCUCCCGAACCGAGGAUUUCAAUCCCAUAAAGCAAGACGUAAAGAACGGAAAGCCCCGUUUUGUUAACAAUAUCUACCCGUUCAAAGGUUAUAUACAUAACUACGGGGCGAUUCCGCAGACGUGGGAGAACCCUGCGGCCGAGGGCUUACCGGGCCUCAAUGGGGACAACGACCCGCUAGACUGCUGUGAAAUCGGAUCCGCCGUGUUCGGUACGGGUGAGGUUCGCAGAGUAAAGGUCCUCGGCUCGUUGGCGCUUAUAGACGACGGAGAGCUCGACUGGAAAGUCAUCGUGAUCGACUGCGAGGAUCCGAAAAGCGCGGAGCUCAACACUCUGGAUGACGUCCGUCGUGUCUUCCCACGCUUGCUAGACGACACCAUAACGUGGUUCCGGAACUACAAAAUUCCUACUGGGAAGCCUGCAAACAAAUUUGCCUUUGACAGUGAAUACCAGCCAGUCGAGAAGACGCUUGGAGUGAUCCAGGAGUGUCACAGUUCAUGGAAAGAUUUGAUCGACGGCAAAGUUCAAUACCACAAACUCCCAAAUACUACAAGAGCAGGUAAAAAUGUGCGUAUGGAAGAGUACAAGCUUCCAGACGCUCAGAUACCACCUGCAGUGGACAUAUGGUACCAUGUAUAA